CAUCGGAGAACUGCUCGAGCUGAACGUGUUAAAUGGCUGUGCGUCGGCCAUGAUGGCUUUGAGCAGGGACCGUGUCACGCAAACAUGUUUUCAAAGUGAUAUAUCUCGUUUGGUGACUGAGUGACCGUGUUCCAGCGCGAUGGCCGGAGAACGAUGAGGCCCUGACCGCUCUCUGUGCCGGGUAUUACGGGCGCAGGGCCCCCAGCCAGGCCCAGUCAGGUUCACGUUCCGCAAGCCCGAGGCCCGAGCCGACCCGACUGGCCUCACGGUUCGACACCAGCCAACUUGGUUGUCAACACGCGAGCCAGCCGCCUCAGGAUGAGCAAGCUGUCGUUCAGGGCCCGCGCCCUGGACGCUUCCAAGCCCAUGCCGAUUUACAUGGCCGAGGAACUGCCGGAUCUGCCAGAUUACUCGGCCAUUAACCGUGCUGUGCCCCAAAUGCCCAGCGGCAUGGAAAAGGAGGAGGAAUGUGAACAUCACUUGCAAAGAGCAAUAUGUACGGGUCUAAUCAUUCCUACUCCUGAAGUAUCUGAUUUGGCAGAUGCGGAAGCUUAUGAUAAAAUAUAUCCAGCUGAUUAUAAGCUACCUCGUCAACUUAUACACAUGCAACCAUUUGCAAUGGAACAAGAUAUUCCGGAUUAUGAUAUGGAUUCGGAAGAUGAAAAAUGGGUUGCAGUACAAAGCCGUAAAAUGGACUUAACUCCUCUUCAAUUUGAAGAAAUGAUGGACCGGUUGGAGAAAAGUUCUGGGCAAACUGUUGUCACUCUUAAUGAAGCUAAAGCGCUUCUGAAAGAAGAUGAUGAUUUAAUUAUUGCUGUUUUUGAUUACUGGCUGAAUAAACGUCUUAAGACACAACACCCACUUCUAUUAACAGUGAAAACAGAGCAUCGUUUUGGUUCGGCUGCAAAUAAUCCUUAUUUAGCGUUUAGACGUAGAACUGAAAAAAUGCAAACACGUAAAAAUCGUAAGAACGACGAAACUAGUUAUGAAAAAAUGCUGAAACUCCGUAGGGAUCUUAGUAGGGCAGUAACUCUUCUCGAAAUGGUAAAACGAAGAGAAAAGACCAAACGGGAACACUUACAUCUUACAAUCGAAGUCUAUGAGAAAAGAUACCAAGCACAAGACUUUAAUGGACAAAUAUUGGCGGAAGUAUCAGCGUUGAAGACUCCGAGGCCAGCUUUUGCUCCACUGUUUACAAAUCAGUUUGGUGUUCAUCAAAACUGGGCAAACAAAGUUUGUAGUAAAGAUGAAGUGGUACCAAGAAAAGAAAAAAGACAGUACAAGAAACGAAAACAUAAAACUGACAACAGAGGCGGAAGUUUGGAUGACAAUGGUGUACGUGGUGGAACAGGUAGCGGAGGUGGUCGAGGAAGUCGACCUGGUGUUCUCGGAAGCGGGCUGGACCUGCUACUGAGCUCAGAUGAAGAUAGUCCGCUUCCUUCUCAUUCACAUUCUCAACCCUCGGUUCCCUCCGAUCGUGAUGACGAAGACACCGUUGACGAGGGUCAAUUCGCUUUUCGACGGAAUAGAAAUAGCACUUAUUUACCACCUGUAUUAGGUGGGUUUGGAAAUUGGCCUUGGUGUGAUAAAAACGAAGGGGGUAUGGCCGAUAAAAAAUAUAGGUUUUCACUGACCAGUAUCAGCAAACCAGUACCAAGGUGUAUCGGUUUCGCACGACGACGAAUUGGUCGGGGUGGCAGAGUAAUAUUGGACCGUUGUUCAACCGAUAUGGAUGAUUUGUGGUCUUCGUUAGACUUCACGAUACAUCAACCAAAGCGAGAACAAGUGGAACCCGAUACAACCGCUGCAUCCACAACGACAGUCAAAAAAGAGUGGUUACACUUCCGACCAAAGACUCCACCCGUGUCAGUGCAUAGUCCAAGCGAAGAAAGUAGUGAUACGGACUCGGAUGUAGAGCUAACGUUGUCGAAAACGAAACCGCUUCCUUACCCGUUCCCACCGGAAGCGACGUCCAUCUGCGUGGAAGUUGAACCUGAGCGUGCAGGAGACGAGCCACCUUUCACGUCUGAGUUCAACAUCGCAGAUUACUUCUCGGUGGAUGCUCUAUCGGACUUCGAUCUUGCCAUAGCGAACAUCACCGGUAGUGCGUGUGUUAGUGGACUGUCGGACAAUAACUCUAGCGAUUCGCGGACAGAUGAGCUGGGCAGUUCGCAUUUCGUUGUGACUCCGCUACCUAGCAAUCAUUUUGCACAGCCUGCAACGCAGCAGGGUCGGCCUCAGUGCAGUGGUAGUGGUCCUAGUGUUGUAAAUACUUCUACGAGUUGUUCUACGGUCCCGUCGUCUUUCUCGUGUACGACCAACCAGCCAGCAACGUCCAGUAUAGUGUCCACGCAAUGCGCCAGCACUGCUACCGAGACGCAGUCGAAUCACCAAACUAAGCAACACAGACAAUUGCCAAACAAUAGCAGUACUGUCUCCAUUCUAUCGAAGUCUUUGACUAGUCCGACAAAUAAUAGGAAUGGCGGCAACUGUGGCAGUGGUAGUGCUGGAGUCAGAGUGUUCAGUGCGAGUACCACGAGUAGUGGAACGAUAACAAACUUUGGUAACGGUCAUCAAAAUGGACCGUUGCCCCAUAUAAAUAACUCUAACAACCUUUCAAAUAGCACCCACAUGGUGAAUAAUCAAUCGACGAUAGUUCUGCCGCAAAAACAUCCGCCGUCCAAUCUGCUACCUGGCUUGAUCGCGCAGAGCAAAUUGGCGAGUCUCGCGAGGCAGCAACAACAAACGCAAAGUCAGGCGCAACAAAUCCCAACGUCCGGGGAAAUUACGCUUAAUAGUAAUAGUGAAAGUUUGGAUAUGGAGGUGGAUGGAGUGGAAACUGCAGCUUGUGACGGUAAGCCGCAGCAGCAGCAGCUUGUACGGGCAAACAAAACAAAUUCAUUAGCAAUGGAAGUGACAUGAUGCCUGCUAUCGGCACCCCUGUUGCCGCCAAUACCGUCACUGGGGGCUUCGCUAACUUUACCUUGCCUAUGUCUGCCUGAUUUCGGGUUUGGACAUGUACUAUGGGCUCGUUAAAUAUGAAAUGCGGUACGGCUAGACUCAAUUACAGAAAUGCUCUGAUCAGUUGCCUGUUGUGGCGAGUUAAAGAGAGGAUAGUAUCGGUUCCGUUACAAGUACCAAGUUGAUUUUUCAAUAGAAAGCAAAAAGUAAGAGGGUCGUGCUCUAAUUCAAUUUUCUAAGUCAAUCGUUUCCUUGCUCAUUGAACAACCGCAAUUACUCAAUGCAAACGCAGUAUUUUAUUGAAAUGAUUACAAAAGAACGGAAAGGACAAUUUAUUUUUUCAAACACUCGACGUCAAUAGUAUUCCUGCCUAAUUCGAGUUUUAUAUUCUUUUUCAUGUUUCUCGUUUGCGGAAAUUAACUCGUGCAGGAACUACAAUAAUAUUGAAACUUUUAUGUUCGACAAAUCAAUAGCCUGAUUCUUAGACACCGAACUAUGAGCAGAGCUUCUUUUGUCAUCCUUUUUUAUUCGUAUAUGCAAGUAGUACUACUAAAACAUCUGUGAUGCAAUUAUUGCAAUCGUACCACAAGCUUUCUCAGACACAGCAUUAACUACGUUAUUAUUGUGAGAACAUUGCACAGAGAUUUGCGCUCGACACAUGUCUCCUUUCUCCAGAUAUUCAAAAAAAUUUCAUACAAUCUAUACGGAAGAUCUGAUAAAUAAAUAAUAACGAACACGAUACCGUUUGAGUUUUUGUAAAAGUUAAUUUUAAACGAUAUUCUUCUUUGCAAUAUGAAAAUCUGCGUUUUUGAAAGUGAUGCUUUUAUGUGUGCGUUUAUGAUUGUAAAUUUUAUUUAAAGAAAGAAACGAUGCACGUCAGAAAUAGCAUAGUUACUUUCCACGAGAACUGUGUACAGCAAAUCUUUUAUAGAUACCUUUAACAAUUACAUUUAUACAUUGCUCAUUUCAGAGAACGCAGAAUAGAGUAAUUCAACUUAUCGUGAAUUCGUAUAAUUAUUUCAGUACUGUACAUAGAUUCGGUUUAAUAAUAACGAUAAGAUAUUAUUCAGUUUAUUUCUUUACGAGGUAGUAAUACGUUGAAGGCUUCCAGGCUGUGAAAUAAUGAAACUAUUGUUAACAAUAAUUAUCUUUGAAUUAGCAUUAAAGUUACUCGAUUAAUAACAGAAUUGUUUGAAUUAAUUGUUUCAUUGAUCACUGAUCCAUGCAUUUCUGUGCUAUUCAACAUAUGUAUCGAAUCAUCCCUCGUGUAUGCGACGCCUAGCAUAUCAAAUUCGAGAUCCUAAUGUUGCGUUUGGGAAGCUUGUACCAUGAAAAUUCGAGUAUCACGAGUGAUACUACGUUAGGAUUUGUAACAUUCACAAGGAAUGCGGAAGAAUUCCGAUGUCUUUCACUUUAGUAAUUGCGAGCUAUGGAAGUCAAGAUAAAUAACCAAUGGAUUUAUUUUCCAUACAAUAUAUGGAGGAACCAUCAUUUAACUGAUUGGCUUUGAAGCAGACUCUUAACAUUCACCAAGAAAUUCGUUCGCUGCAGUAUAUUGUUAGUUGCCUCUUUCUACUUCUGUAGAAAGGAUUUUAAAACAUUUUUAUUGUUACCAAUACAUUACAAAAGAAAAAGAAAACCAUUUGACAAAUUGUAUAAACGUUAGAACAAUAGCCGAGAAUUGCGUUUAAGCUUCAGAGUUAUGAGUAUGCUAUUUGGGAAGAUAGAAGAAUAUUUGCCAUUGAAAAAAAGAAAUUUGGGAAAGAUUAAGACCCGUUCUGUUGCUGACGCAUCCUAUGAUUUACCGUAGCCGAAUAGAUUUUUACAGUCUACUGGUACAGCUAUAUGGAAACUGAGAUUAAGGUGUUUCGACACUGACACACACGUACAUAGUCCAUACGCUUCGCUAAAUAAUUUUCUGUCGAUGAAAUUUUGAUUACCUCUAGAAGAGACGAGACCGACAUGCGAAUAGUUACUGAAGCAGCGCGGCGUUUUUGCGCGCGGCGCGUUUAUUCUCUUCCUCUUAGUCUUUCUACAUAAUGUAUAUUGUCUCCCUUUCCAACGUGAAAUGAUCGAGAACAAGUGUGCAACGUCGAGGAAAAAAGCGUUAACAAGCGUGCAGAGACUACGUUUACAUGGAAAUCGACAAUAUCCAGCAUACACUUUUCAUUCGAGAUUCAAACAAAGUAUCAGAAAAAUGCGGAGAAAACAGUUUCUUCUUUAGCACAAUCAUUUCAUAUUUUCGUGUGACAGAAUCGACACGUACAAGUUUUGAGACACAGAUAAAAGGAACUGACUAAAUUCAAUUUCUAUCACACGAUUUGUAUUGUCAUUUUUUAAAAAGAGAGGCAUCAUUCGUUCCUCAUGACAUUACAUUUUGAAAAUCUGUAGGCACUGAUCGUGAUUCGAUAUCUUUACUGUUCGGACGCAAAGGUUUCUAAUUUAAUUCACAUUGCAAACUGCCGUGGCAGAGUUUUGUCGGAUAGUGGUUGAUUUUCCGAACUUGGGGUACAGAGGGAAAAGAAGAGAGAGAGAGAGAGAUUUAGUUCAAGCAUGCAAUAAGAAUGUUAUUUCGCGAGCCGUACGCGAGAUUAAGAUAGCAAGCAAGAAAGAAGGAAAGAAAAAGAGAGACAGAGAAAUAACAAGAAGAAAAUGAAAAGAACGUAAAAUGGUGCAAAUGUUGCAAAUUCUAGGGAGACUUCAUGGAAUCAUAAUAAGAAACAAACAAAAAAAGAUAUAUUGUACAUAUAAAAAUAAUUACGCUUAUUGUAUCUCUUACUUUUAGGUAAUUAACGGAAAAUAAAAAAAAGUAACUGUAAUUAAUGUUGUUGUGGUAGGCGCACAGCGAUGUGUAAUGAAACAAAAAAAAAUUUAUGAAUUCGGGACGAUUUUAGAGGAGGAGUAAUAAAGAAAAUUUUAUCCUGGAUAGGACUUAUUAUUUUGUUAAGAACUUCACUCGCCUGUAUAUUAUAUGAAAUUUUGUGAAAUCUAAUUUCUGCCACAUUUGUACAUACAUACUUUAGAUAUCUGAUUGUUUCUCUCGUUAUUCUCAAAUUCACUGUCGAGCGCGAAGACAUUGUUUUGUUCUCGUCGUCGGAUAUUUCUCCGUUUUUUUUUGUAAUUUUUCUCGCACACGCCCGUUUUUCACGUUGAUUUUAUUUCUGAAUUCAGCAUCGAGCAGAGAGACACACACAUACACACACUCUUCCGCUACAUAUGAUUUUGAGAAGGACGAGCGAAGGAUUGCGCGGAAACCGAAAAUUUCCAAGAAUGUACUUGUAAAAACCAUUUGUUUAUUUUAGUUGGAACGCUUUAAACGAAAUAUAGUGGUACAUGGAUUUUUAUAUAAAAUUUAUUAAUGUUAAAAAUAUUGACCCAAUAGCCACUUUACAAAAUAAAACAAAAAAAGUAAGAAAAAACGUGAGAGCCGGACAGAACGUCGGAAAUAUCUUCAACGGUUUGAUCGCUCCAACCAAAGACUGAGUUCGCUUUACAUUUUCUGAUUUGGCAAACACGAAAUUCCACUAACAGGGAGGCCGAUUUUAUUCAUGCUUUACGAGAGAGAGAGAGAGAGAGAGAGAGAGAAUGAGAAAAAAAAGAAAUCCAAAAGAUAUACAAUCUGUUACGAGUGAACGAAUGGUAGUCAGAUUAUUAUUACUUAGCAGUACUUCACAAAACAUUUUAUUAUUUAUGGAAAUUUUAAUAAUUUAUGUAGUUAGUCGAGGAGAUUAUGUGGAAUGAACAAAAACAAACCAUGGGAUGCUUUUUAACAAGUGACUUCCACUUCAGAAGUGGAGAAGUUACUCAAAAAUGAUGGAAGAGAUUAAUUCAAAUAUGAGUCCUAUUUAACUUAGUAAGACUCUACCAUUUUCGUACAUCAGUAAUAAUACUCGUAGCAUUUAAAUAGUAGAUUUUAUGCAGAGUAUAAUUUAGUUUUUUUCCAUGAAAAUUCAAAUAAUUGCUAGGAAAUAAAUUCAAAUAGGACACAUGUUUAUAUCGCAAUCUUUUUGCAUUGCUUUUGUGUCUCUUAUCAUUGCUGAAAUGAGUUGUACUUGUUGAGAUACAUCUGAUACACAAACGAACAUGUAAUUGUAAUUCGGUCGAAUUGGGUCGUGAGACUUCGUGUUUACCUAAUUUGUUGCAUUCGCGGAUAAAAAAACAAUAAUUGUAUCGUGUAAGUAGAAGUAAGCCGGAUCAAUGCAACUGUUUAGAGCGAUCGAACGAGACCUAUUAUAUCGUUUCUCGUGUGAAGAAAACUAGAAAAUAUACUUAUUCAGAGGAAGAAUGAGCUUACAGAUAUAAUGUUUAAACGUGAAGCUCUUAAAAAAAGGUUCUGAGUGUUAAAAAAAAACUUUUACGAUAAUAUCGACGAAUGUCGACAUGCGGUGUAUCUAUUAUACGUGUAUUUUAUUCUGUGAAUACGGUAGAACUUCUAUGUCGCUGUGCGACAUGAAGAUUUAAUUGGAAAAAAAGAAAAAAACGAGAAAGAAAGAAAAAAACGCUCCAACCAAAGCUCUGAUUCGAAUGAAAGUUUGGCGAGAGUAUUUGAGUAUUUUUCUCAAGAUUGUAUGAUCGGAGAACGCAAGGGGAGGAUAUCAAAUUCUAUGUACGUAGAAUGUUUGAUCUAGACAACCCUUUAAUUUGUUCUUCGAUGCACACAUCAUCUAUUCUCUCGUCCCCUGAUAACACCUUUCGCUGAAUGCAUGUAUCAAAUUUAAUUUGGUCUAAAUAAAAUAUUGUCAGAUGCAACUUGAA